UUCUGAACAGGCAUGUUCCAGGCAGCUCAACUCCUUAGAUUGCUAUGGGAUUGGCAGGGUCCUGAGCGUCGGAGAAGCAGGAAGGCAUAUCCCAAGAAUUGAGCCCUACUGGGAUUUUUUAUUUUCGUCUUGCUUUUGCGGAGGGAAGGCGAGGAGGCUGUGCGGCCCGGUCGAACUUGAGGCAGUGUGAAAGCCCCCUCAGGCGGCGCCGAGGGCAGCCCCUAAGCCGGGGCCUGGCUCAGCCGCCGGGGCCUGGCUCAGCCGCCGCGGCCGCUGUCAGGGAAGCGCAGGCGGCCAAUGGAACCCGGCAGCGGCCGCUGCUGCUGAGGCGGCGGUGUCGGCAGCCCGACCCCGACCGCCCCCACCCCCUCCGCGGGGGUCCCCAGGAGGAUGAAGAUAGUGGCUUCACUACCCUUUUUUCCAACUCACAUGAUCCAUCUCAAAGGGAGGAAAAUUGAGCUUGCCUACCUGCUUGGAAAGAUGAUCUCUUAAGACAGUUCCGUGAAAAUACAGGAACCUGUAAAACAUGAGGAUUUGUCUGAAGCAACCCAUAUUUUUCUAGUCCCCCAAGAAGGGAAUGGUCAUUAACUGAGUGAGGGGAUUGAUUUGGGGCUUUCUGCUGUCCUGUCCUAGCAGAGACCAACCCAGGAAAUCCUUUAAUGAAGAUCAGUAGGGAGUUGGAGGCUUCUUUGCCUGGAAUCUUUGGAGGUGAUGAGAAGCGGGAAGCCAGGUUAAACAUCCCCUCCCCAUAAAGUUUUUGCAGACAUUUACUUAAAUACUAGGUCAUAACAGAACACAAACAUGUACACCCUCUCAGUGUGCUCUGUGGCCACUGCUGUGCUCAGCCCUGAACAACCCCCUGAUGCUUAGAUGAGGAUUCCCUACAUUUCCCAGACAAUUAGCUGUGGAGCCCAAUCAGUUAACACUCCACUCCUACCCAGUGCCUAGAAGCCAGCUGCUAGGCUGGGGUGGGGGAGACCUCUUCAGUUCCUUCAUCAUCUAAUUGGAAGGCCAGUUUAGGCUCCCAGUGUGAAAUGUGGAGCCUCAGUUGUUUGACCGUCCUUGAGAGCAUAGGAGCCAUUUGAUAUUAAAGCUUGGAAGCUCGAAGUCUGGCUGUGGCCAUGGGAGACAUGGUGGUGGAACCUGCCCCCCUGAAGCCAACUUCUGAGCCCACUCCUGGCCCGCCAGGGAAUAAUGGGGGUUCCUUGCUAGGCGUCAUCACAGAGGGGGUCGGGGAACUAUCAGUGAUUGACCGUGAGGUGGCCCAAAAGGCCUGCCAGGAGGUGCUGGAGCAAGUCAAGCUUUUGCAUGGAGGUGUGGCUGUAUCUAACACAGACACCCCUCUGGAGCUGGUCAAUGGGGAUGUUUUGGACAGUGCGAUCCGUUGCCUGGACGAUCCACCUGCCCAGAUAAGGGAGGAGGAAGAUGAAAUGGGGGCCACUGUGGCCUCGGGCACGGCCAAGGGAGCAAGGAGACGGCGGCAGAACAACUCGGCCAAACAGUCCUGGCUGCUGAGGCUUUUUGAGUCAAAACUAUUUGACAUCUCCAUGGCCAUUUCAUACCUAUACAACUCCAAGGAGCCUGGAGUACAAGCCUACAUCGGCAACCGGCUCUUCUGCUUUCGCAACGAGGAUGUGGAUUUCUAUCUGCCCCAGUUGCUUAACAUGUACAUCCACAUGGAUGAGGACGUGGGUGAUGCCAUCAAGCCCUACAUAGUCCAUCGCUGCCGCCAGAGCAUUAACUUUUCCCUCCAGUGCGCCCUGUUGCUUGGGGCCUACUCUUCAGACAUGCACAUUUCCACUCAGCGACACUCCCGUGGGACCAAGCUCCGGAAGCUGAUCCUCUCAGAUGAGCUAAAGCCAGCUCACCGGAAGAGGGAGCUGCCUUCCUUGAGCCCAGCUCCUGACAUGGGGCUGUCUCCCUCUAAGAGGACUCACCAGCGCUCUAAGUCCGAUGCCACCGCCAGCAUAAGUCUCAGCAGCAACCUGAAACGAACGGCCAGCAACCCUAAAGUGGAAAAUGAGGAUGAGGAGCUCUCCUCCAGCACCGAGAGUAUUGAUAAUUCAUUCAGUUCCCCCGUCAGGCUGGCUCCUGAGCGAGAAUUCAUCAAGUCCCUGAUGGCAAUUGGCAAGCGUCUGGCCACACUCCCCACCAAGGAGCAAAAAACACAGCGGCUGAUCUCAGAGCUCUCCCUGCUCAACCAUAAGCUCCCUGCCCGAGUCUGGCUGCCCACUGCUGGCUUUGACCACCACGUGGUCCGCGUGCCCCACACCCAGGCUGUUGUCCUCAACUCCAAGGACAAGGCUCCCUACCUGAUCUAUGUGGAAGUCCUUGAAUGUGAAAACUUUGACACCACCAACGUUCCCGCCCGGAUACCCGAGAACCGAAUUCGGAGCACACGGUCUGUGGAGAACCUGCCUGAAUGCGGUAUCACCCAUGAGCAGCGGGCAGGCAGCUUCAGCACUGUGCCCAACUAUGACAAUGAUGAUGAGGCCUGGUCGGUGGAUGACAUAGGCGAGCUGCAGGUGGAGCUCCCUGAAGUGCACACCAACAGCUGUGACAACAUCUCCCAGUUCUCUGUGGACAGCAUCACCAGCCAGGAGAGCAAGGAGCCUGUGUUCAUAGCAGCAGGGGACAUCCGACGGCGGCUCUCGGAGCAGCUGGCUCACACCCCCACAGCCUUCAGACGAGACCCGGAAGACCCUUCUGCAGUUGCUCUGAAAGAGCCCUGGCAGGAGAAAGUAAGGCGAAUCAGAGAGGGCUCCCCCUAUGGCCACCUCCCCAAUUGGCGCCUUCUGUCGGUCAUUGUCAAGUGUGGGGAUGAUCUUCGGCAGGAGCUCCUGGCCUUCCAGGUGUUAAAGCAACUGCAGUCCAUUUGGGAACAGGAGCGAGUGCCCCUGUGGAUCAAGCCAUACAAGAUCCUUGUGAUUUCUGCUGACAGCGGCAUGAUUGAACCGGUGGUCAACGCUGUGUCCAUUCACCAGGUGAAGAAGCAGUCACAGCUCUCCCUGCUCGAUUACUUCCUGCAGGAGCAUGGCAGUUACACCACUGAGGCAUUCCUCAGUGCGCAGCGCAAUUUUGUACAAAGCUGUGCUGGCUAUUGCUUGGUCUGCUACCUACUGCAAGUGAAGGACAGACACAAUGGAAACAUCCUUUUGGAUGCAGAAGGCCACAUCAUCCACAUCGACUUUGGCUUCAUCCUGUCCAGCUCACCCCGAAACCUGGGCUUUGAGACGUCAGCCUUUAAGCUGACCACAGAGUUUGUGGACGUGAUGGGGGGCCUAGAUGGUGACAUGUUCAACUAUUACAAGAUGUUGAUGCUGCAGGGACUGAUCGCUGCUCGGAAGCACAUGGAUAAAGUGGUGCAGAUCGUGGAGAUCAUGCAGCAAGGUUCUCAGCUUCCUUGCUUCCAUGGCUCCAGCACCAUUCGCAACCUCAAAGAGCGGUUCCACAUGAGCAUGACUGAGGAGCAGCUCCAGCUGCUGGUGGAGCAGAUGGUGGACGGCAGCAUGCGGUCUAUCACCACCAAACUCUAUGACGGCUUCCAGUACCUCACCAAUGGCAUCAUGUGACACCCUCCUUCUCAGGCCCCGGAGUGGUGGGGAAUUCAAAGGACUCUCCCUGGGAGAGCCCUUGUCUGAGAAACCCCAAACCAGGAAAUCCCACCCACGGGAAAUGGAAGGCAAGAAAUACAGAGGAUCAUGUGGUAACUGUAGAGCUUGCCGGGGGUGGGAGAGCCAGCUGUGGGGCCCAGACUUGCCAGAUCUUCCCUGCCCCUAGCAGUGUCAUUGUCACCAUCUGACAGACUGCAGGACUCGCAGCCCUCCAGAGAACAGAGGUGAAUAGACGUGAGGGGCACUGGGGCCUUUCUUCUCACCAGGGUCCAAGAGGUUCUUUCCACGGGCCAUCCUUACUCUGUCCUGGGUCCUGAGGGGUGGUGGUGGUGGUGGGCGGGGCGGGGGGGGGGGAGUAGGUUCUCGGUACUUAGGACUUGAUCCUGUGGUUGGCCUUUGGCCGUGCUGCUGCCCAACUCUGUCCCCUCCCAGCGACUGGCCCAGGCCAAGUUCCCCUUGCUGGGUGGACUCUGGCAUAGGGUCCCCAUCCCAGGGGUGGGGAGGGGAAGGGUCACGACCCCUCCAGUGGAUGCGGGUAUCAGCCUAGUCGCAGGGAAUUCCUUGGCCUGAUCCCUUACCCACACCCAGGGAAAUAGCUCUCAACUUUUUAUUUUUAAUUUUUGUUUGAAAUAAAGUCCUUAGUUAGCCAUC